GAUAAGACGAGCCACGAAUUCGACACGAACUCUCUCUACACCGACACCGCUUCCACAUUUUACAUCGGGUCGCGACCGGUUUCGCAGCAGAUGGGUGAGACGCAACAACAGCUGCGCGGAGCAGUAGCAGCAGGAGGAUCGACCCGGCAGCGAUCGUCGACCGCCUCGUUCCCCGCCCGAUUCAGCAGCCGUCGCAAGUCCUUUUCUUUCUCGAACCUUUUGGGCGUUGCGACACACAAAAACAUCCCGACCGAAACGAACCUCAACGAUGACGACAUCAACGGUGGACUAGCCGGAAGGCGAUCCAUGGGGGGCGGGAGCGUUGUCUUCGCUAGAAGACACUCCACCUCCGAUGCGCUCAACCUGCCAUACCACUCUUAUCGCAACAAUUCGAGACCCACCACGGCGGCGCUCGACCAGAUGCGACGAAUUUCAUUACCCCCCAUACAGUCGCUUUCGCUACUCGACCUGGGCUUCGACGAACAACCUUCGGAGCAUUCGGAGACAUCACCCGACCGUGGCGCCCAAUCGGAAGAACAGCAACCACAACAGCAGGCUGAAGGACUACAACAACCGGAACACGGCUCGGUAGAAUCGCUAUCCAGUGUUCCUGCUGUUCACGGUCUGCGCCGUCACCGACUAUCCAUCAUGAGCGCUUCGGAACGGGCGUCCACCUUGAUCGGGAGUGAGAGCGAGCAUGAUUUCGGGAGCGACACGCUCUUUGAUUCGAUACGGACUCGGAUUUCCGAGAUGACGCCUAUACGGGCGGACCGUAUCUUCGAUACCGACAGGUGUUACGAUACACGAUCUUCUCCUUUGCACGCUAGUUAUGAUGAUUACGACCUACCCCAUACCACCACUACCACUACCAGCACCAGCAACACCACCACGGUGCCCACCAAAGCGACAAAGGAUCGCGCGAACUCGUCACCCAACGACAAUACGCAUACGGCGCAGCGGCUCGGUGUCGAGGACGAGGAGGAAGAUGCUUGGAGCAGCGACUGGGAUAUUCCCUCGAAACCGGCCGGUGACGAGCACCACCACCACCCUCACCAUCACCUCCACCAACUCCACCAUCAACUCCACCACCGCCUGUCCGGACCUGGAUUACGGCCCUACAACUCGCGCACGGGUCUAGGCUUGCAUAGCAACGGGAGCAACACUAGCUUCGGCACGGCCCGUGAGGGCUGGUCGGCAGACGGUUCCAGCAUGCGGGAAACGAACAGUAUUCUGGAUUGGAACGAUGGUGUCUCCGUUCACACCUCGACAUCCAGUAACGGUUACCGGCCAAAGACGGUGCACGCCAAGGAAAGCAACCUAUCCUCCACCAGAACCGGAAGGAGGGCGCCGAGUAUUCACGUUCGCAGUCAGAGCAUGCCAGUUGUCAAUACCCUGCGAGGCAGAACACCGUUACCAAGCGAGAACUGGGAUGAUGACUUCUUGGAUGAAGACGACGAGUUUGGAACGUGCAAGAACGAAAUGGUGAUUCCUCGAGCGAUCGAAGAGAGACAAGCCAGCAUCAUUGGUCACCUCGGAUGUGUGAGGGAAUUUGCGUUGCUUGUCGAAGAUCUGAAACGGUUGCGCGAGCUCGCUGUUGCCAAGGGGAUCCGUAACAAAGCAGAUAGCGACAUGUGGGACGAGGCUGAUGGCAUCAUCGCCCUGGCCACGUUGGAUGAUGACGAAGAAGACGCGCCCCUUAAGAAGGAGACGCUACAUCGUCAGAACACCUGGUCCCCUCAACGUCGAAGGGAGCUAAGCCAUCGACUAUCAGACGAAAACAAUGCAUACACGCUGUCGACGCGCCAUUCGGCCCUGUCCCUAGAAGACGAUAUCUUUGGCUCGAACGAGAACCUUUCGUCCACGCCGAAAUAUCGGGCCAGUCGGCACCUUUCGCCAGCACCAUCAACGACUUCGCCGGUCUCCAGGAAGACGAUCGAUAGGAACGAUCCCAUAGAGGUGGCUAAGAGCAUGAUGGAAAAGAUGCAGCAUCGACAACGUUCAGACGCCUCACGGCGAAACUCGACUGGAUUGACCCCCAACGGCAAAGUGCACUUCGACACGGAUAUGCUGAGGGACCUAGUGGUGCAGACGGGACGGUUGAAGCAGAAGUUGAUUCGGGCAGUCGACGGGUUCCCGCCGUCUCCAGAAAGAGGGGGAUUACGAUUGAAAUUACGAACCAUGGAAACCCCAACAGAUGAAAAAUUCGACUUUGAUCUCAGUCCGAUCAAAAGCACAUUUGACGAAAACCUCGGGGGCUUGGAACGGGUCAGCUCAAAGGGCAUGGGAUUUUCGCCGGCCAUAGGAGUUGUGUAACCCGCACCCACGCAUCCGCCGAGGAGUUUGACGGUCUCUGCCAGUCUCUACCGAUACACCUUUUUUUUCCAAUUCACCCAAUCAUUAUUGUCGGCGCAUUCUAAAAACGGGGCUCGAAGUCGGGCAGGGGG